AUGUCUGCUUGUCAACUUGAUAACAUUAGUCCAUCUUAUGGGUAUGCCAAUCUUACAUCUCUGACAGCCCUUGACCUUUCCUAUAACAAAUUUAGUUGUGAAUUACCUAAUUGGUUGUUUAACCUCAGUAACGUGCUCCACUUAGACUUGUCAGUAAGCAAGUUUACUGGGUUACUACCAGAAUCAUUAGGGAACCUCAUAUAUCUAGAAUUUGUUGAUCUGUCUAAUAACUCAUUUUCUGGUCCUAUUCCUGCAACUCUAGGAAACUUAUCAUCUUUAACAUUUUUAGAUCUUGAAAAAAAUCAAUUGAAUGGAACUCUGCCAGAAAGUAUUUGGCAACUUCCAAAUUUGAUGGCCUCGUCUGUUGCAAGCAAUUAUUUGUCAGGCGUUGUAUCUGAAGUGAAUUUCUCUAGGCUUUCAAGAUUAAAGCUCUUAGACAUGGCUGCAAAUGCUUUCAUCAUUGAUGUGAAUUCCCACUGGAUUCCUCCUUUCCAGCUUCAAAUGAUCAGCAUCGGUUCUUGCAAGUUGGGCCCCAAACUUCCUGCAUGGUUACAAACACAGAAAUCUCUCAAGUAUAUAGACAUUUCGAAGGCAGGACUUGUAGAUGCAGCUCCGGAUUGGUUUUGGAACUUUGCAGCUUGUGUGAAGUGUAUUAAACUCUCUAACAAUGCUAUCAGUGGGGACCUAUCCAAUGUUUUGCUCAACUCUAGUUUCAUUGAUUUGAGUUCUAAUCACUUCAGGGGUCAGCUGCCACUUAUAUCACCACAUAUUACCAUGUAUAAUGUUGCCAACAACUCUUUUUCAGGGCCUAUUUCUCCUUCCAUUUGCAGUGUGGUGAAUAUAGAAAAUAAAUUGGAAGUCAUGGACUUGUCACGUAACAAUUUGUCUGGAGACCUUCCUGAUUGCUGGAGGCAUUGGCAAUCUUUGCUUCACCUAAACUUGGGGAGCAAUAUCCUGUCUGGGAAAAUUCCAAACUCACUGGGUUCGUUAUUGAGGCUUCAAUCAUUGCACUUGGCCAACAAUUAG